UUCUCGACCGUCUUCUCCACUCGUCUCCCCUUCCCUCUUCUCUCUCUCCCCUUCCACCUUUUGCCGAUUUUCGCCGCCCUCUGAGGCCCCGUCGUUCCCGUGCCGCCCCGAUCGUCUGGAAACCAACGCACUAGGCUCUCGCCGCACUCCGUCACGCGGAGGAGGUAUCAAUCGCGACGCUUCUUCGAAUCUAGGGUUAAAACCAAAGAUACUUUGGUAGUCAUUGGCAUAUAUAUUGAUGAUCCAGGAGUGUCGAGUACCAUAUGGCUUCAAAUAUUUCAUCAGGAGAUCGAAGAUGGGCUUCUGCACGAAAGUCAGGCAUGACUAUCUUGGGCAAAGUUCCAAAACCCAUUAAUUUACCUAGUCAAAGGUCGGAGAACAAUGGUCUAGAUCCAAAUGUGGAAAUUGUUCCAAAGGGCACCCUUACUUGGGGAAGUCGACCUUGUUCAGCAACUUCGAAUGUGUGGGGUUCAUCAACUCUAUUAUCCCCUAAAACUGAUGGAGGUACUGGUUCACCAUGUCAUAAUAGUGGUCGUCCAUCAUCCGGUGGAAGUGGAACGAGGCCAUCGACAGCAGGCAGUGAUAGAUCCCAAGACUCAAAUGCAUGGGGUUCAAAUUCACGCCCAUCAACUGCAUCUGGAUUAUUACCCUCAAACCAGGCACCAGUGCUUGCAUCUCGUCCUAGGAGUGCAGAAACAAGGCCAAUCAUUGCAGCUCGUCCGCGAAGUGCAGAAACAAGGCCAGGUAGCUCUCAAUUGUCUCGAUUUGCAGAAAAUGUAGCAGACCCUGCAGUUGCAUGGGGGUCUCCGAAAACUGCUGACAAAUUGGGUAUUGCAUCAGCAAUAAAUCACGAAUUUUCUCUCACUUCUGGAGACUUUCCAACACUUGGCUCGGAGAAAAGAAUUGAAGGUCAGCAAGCAGGUCACACUUUACAAGAGCAUUCUGAUGCAUCUUCUGGUAUUCUCAGAUCCAAUGAAAACCUAAAAUCUUCUAGUGGAGAUAUCUGCAAGGAUCAAGAGGAUGUAAGUGUUCCUAGAACUGAGAGAAACUUAUCUUCUGGAGGUGCUGUCUCACAUAACCCAGAAUUGAAUAAUAAUUUGCAGCAGGCACAACCACACAAUAGCUUGAAUAUGACACCUAGUCAGUUUGAUUCUUGGCAUGGUUCUGCAAUGCACUCUCCUGACAAAAUUUGGUAUAGAGGAGGGGCUCUAGUCGGUCCAUAUCGACCAGCAGGGCCCCCUGGUAGUUUUCCUGUUGAUCCAUUUUUGUGCUAUCCCCGUCCGUUUCCACCCAACUCAGAGGCUGCCUUGAGACCAAGUGCUGGGCCUGUUCAGUACCACCCUACAACUGGAGAGGUAUAUCGCCCCCAAGUGCUGCCUAAUCCAUACAUGUUUUCUAGCCACCCUGUUAUUCCUACCAUGCCUGGGCCCUACCAUACACCUGUUCCUUAUGAUGGAUAUUAUGGCUAUCAACAAGCAAGUUUUUGCAGUUCUGGUGAACAACACAUGCCUUCAGGAGUGGCUAUUCAACCGAGUGUCUAUAAACAAUCUCCUAACUCCAGUGGUAACAUUACCUCAGAUGAAUUUCCAAAUAGUCUUGGUGGGGAUGUCACACAAAAGGUGGAAGUGCAAGUACCAUCUGACAGAGCUCAGGCUCCUUUUCCAGGGCCCUAUAAGGUCUUGCUAAAACCACAAGGUGACUUAGCAUAUAAAGUUACACAAGCAAAGACCCAUAGUGGAUCUUCAUCACCUACUUCAACACAAAGUCAUGUUGAAAGUAAACCUGAAGCAUCCAUAUCUAAGGAGAGUGAGCAGUCUGCAGGUAGCAGAAAGAAUGAAAUUGCCAAUGACAUGAAUCUGGUAAGCGAUCACCGAGCAUCACUGAAGGUAGCUGGUGAUGGUAUGUGUCAGCUUUCAAAUCCUAUUAUCUCUAACUUGGAAGUAAAUUCCAAUAGGACAUCUGAAGGCAUACUUAAGAGAGGACCAAAUAUUUCAAUUCAACCGGUUUAUGAUUGGAAGCCUAAUUCAGUUACUAGAAAGAAUGUUGCACUGAUCGAAAAAAUAGAAGGCUUAAAUAACAAAGUUCGGAGCGCUGAAAACCACAGCAUAGUUGGAGGAUUGUCGUCAAAACAAGAGAGAUUAAAACAACCAAAAGUUGCCAAUGCAAGACCUGGACAUUUUACCAAAGCUAGGGGUAUUGCUAUCCCAAGUUCUUUUGAGGGAUAUUCUUUGGACACACACACCAUUGAUUCAACAGUUGUUUCUGGACAGUCAGACUCCAUGGAUUUUAUUCCAAUUGAAUCAGGUUCUUGUGUUUCAAAAGGAGCCCCCUCUGCACUUGGCAGGGGUGAUUAUUCGUCCAACUCGAGGUUAGAUAAUCAAACUGAUGGCGAGCUGACAAGAGAAUCUUCUGAAAAAGGGCCUUUUGUUGUUCCCAUGGAAAAAACUGUUACUGAAGAUGCCUAUUCAGAUUCACUUGAUCACAAAGACCAGCGUGCUAAAAUGAAAGAGUUGGCUGCUCAACGUGCAAAGCAGUUACAGAAACAGGAGGAGGAGAGAACGAGGGAGCAAAAAGCAAAAGCUCUCGCAAAGCUGGAAGAAUUGAAUAAACGCUCAGCAGCAUUGAGCAUGAAACCUAAGUCAAAUGAGGUAUCAUCCCUUAGUCAUAAUCCACAGCAGCAAGAAGAUCCUGGAGCAGAUAUAGCUUCAAAUGUUACCCUCUCUGCAGUAGAUAUGCCUCUACAAGCAAAUGAGUAUAACAAAGUUGGACCAGUAGUCUCUUUGCCUUGUGAUUAUGUUUCUCAGACUCCAGAAACAGUUGCCCAAGAUUCUAGAUCUGGUAGUAUACCUACUCUUUCAAUGGAGCAUCAUACAAACACUACAGAAGUUGCGGCCCAUGAAGGUUCACAGUUUAAUGCUUCCAGUGGUUCUAAGCAUAGACCGGUGGGAAACCGAAGAAGGCAGAAGGUUCCACAGGAGAAAAACCCAGGUGAGAAGUCAGCGAUGAGGGAAAAUACAGGUUCGAAGUUUCUUGAUGAGAUUGCCCAUGAGAGCAAAUCAGAUGAAAUGCACUUCAUCAGCGAAAAGAAUCAGAACUCACAAAAGCUUGUUGAAGUCAAUGCACCUGCAUCAAGUGUUGAUAUAUUGUCGCAUAAUGGGGAUCCUUCUCUGCAACAGAAGAAAAAAAAUCAUAGAAACGUGAAGAAUAGGAACAAGGAUGAUACUUUGUUUGGCUCUAGCAAUUCAACACAUUCAAAUGAAAAGAUUGAAGAAUACCCAAGCGAAAGUUCUAAGCUCAACCCUGCACCACCAGUUCUGGAAACUUCAUCAGUUCCUGCCCUAAUUUCUUCUGACCAUGGUAGUGGUCAGGAGUGUGGGGAUGGCAUAGUACACUCUUGCCAAGGGUCUUCUAAAGUUGUUGACGAAGGACAAGGCAGGAUGAACAACCAUCGGAAGCCUCAGCCAUCUAGAAAGAUGGCAAGAAACCAUCAGGCAAUUAAGCCUACCGACAAGGUUCAUGGAAGUGAGAUGGUCAUCUGGGCACCUGUAAGGCCUGCAAAUAAGAUCGAGCAACUGGAGGAAAUCAAGCAGAAUAGUAUAAUAGGAAAUUUCUCUGAUUCUUCGUUACAGAUUGGGAAUGAUAUCAGUGGCACAAAAACAAAGAGGGCUGAGAUAGAGAGAUAUGUUCCUAAACCUGUCGCCAAAGAGCACUUGCAGCAGGAGUACACUCAAAAGUCUUCAACCCAUCUCAGUCAAUUGACUUCAGAUGAGAUGCCUGAGAAACCUUAUUUGGAUUCCAAAUUUGGGCCAGGUAAAUUUGAUGGCUCAUCUGAAUUUGGUGCUGAUACAAAGAAGACAGAGGACAAUAAGCCUGGUAGGCGUGGUAGAGUUCAAGCCUCUUGGCGUCAGAGGAAUUCAGCUGAUACUGUUCUUCCUUCACAGGCUUCAAAUGAAAAUGUGCAACCUUCUGAUGCUACCGAAACUUUUGACAAGCCUUCCAAUCAGCACCUACCAUUGCCAGAACAGGUAAGAUCUGAUGGCUGGGAGGGUGGUGACAGUCUCGUGCAGAAAAAUUCAGAUGCGGCUCCUAUCCAGACUAAAGAUCAGGGGAUCAGAAGCAUGCAAAAACAUCAACAAGCUCAGAGAGUUACAGGAAGCAAUUAUGGAACUGACGAUCAUAAUUCCAAGAACAAAACAAACGAAAAAAAUGGUGUCAAUCCUCUCAAUUUAGAUACAAGUGAGAAUGAUGUGAAAAUUUUCAUAAAUGAUAAUGGUAAGAAUGUUGUUGGUGAGCACGUUAGGUCUCACUCUCACUGGAAACCAAAGUCUCAAAUUCAGCAAGGUAGGGGCACUGGAGGGCAAAGAAACUUCUAUCAUGAUGCUAGGCCUGAGAAGUUCGGUUACCCUGGUGCUGGGAGUAACCACCCAAGCAAUGAGACUAGCAAUACCCUGAACCAGAAAGAUCAGUCUCGUAACUCUGCUUCAUCAGUGGAGCAAAUGCAUAGCAGAAGACCAGUUGUAGAUAUGAGUCCUCAGCGUGAAAAUCAAGUUUCUCCACCACACCAAUAUGGACAACGCAAUGGGCGUGUUAACAGAGGGCAGGAGGCAACAUAUCGGGGUCGGGAUUUUAUGCAUACUUCUGGAAAAUCAAAUGCUCAGCGAAUCGAAGAUCAACAUAAGAAUACUCCACAUUUUGAAUACCAGCCAGUUGAUUCUCACAGUAAGCCAAGCAAUGCAUAUCGCCAGCCAAACUCAAGCAUUGAUCAAGAGGCACAAGGUCACCAUGCUUCCAGGCAGAAGUACAAGGAACGUUAUCAUACUCAAACGAGAAACCCAGGACGCUUCAUCCGUAGCGCUACUUCUCAUGUUGAUGAUUCUCACAAUGGUGAAGAAUGAAACAUGCUAUACAGCAAUCAAGCAUUACGAGAGGAGGAAAUAGUUGUAGCGGAAGAUUCAGUCUGUUAUUUCAGUAUCUGCAUGCUAAGGCAUAGUAAAAUCCAACCGAAAGGAGUUCAUGGAUUUUGAGAAUGUAGCUACUUGCUUUCUGUAUCCUCCGUUGACCAUCAACGACGUGUGGGGUUUUGCCAUGAUGACUUGCCUUCUUCGAAUAUGGUAUGAGGUAACAAAUGUUUAUUUCCACGAGGUGUAAUCUCAAUAUGUUACCUUACACAUUUGUUAAAGACUUGCUCCUAGCCGUGUGCCCUGUGUGGAACUUUGUACAGAUAUUGGACUUUUCCUAUCCAUGUCGUUGCAUUUUCCCCU